AUGCCAGCGCGCAGAGUCACUUUCUCACUCUCCGGUUUAAGAUGGACGGGACCGAGACCCACCGGCGGAACUGCGCGACUCAGGAGCCGGGCGUGCGGGACCGGAUGCUGGACCCGAGUGAUGGGAACGAGAACCCUGAAGAGAGGGUUACACUUAAGAAGGAAAUUGGUCUUCCAAGCGCUUGCGCCAUUAUCAUAGGUAACAUCAUCGGCUCAGGGAUCUUCAUCUCUCCUAAGGGGGUGCUGGAGCAUGCGGGCAGCGUGGGGUUCUCCCUGAUCGUGUGGGUGCUGGGGGGUGGCAUCUGUGCCCUGGGCUCCCUCUGCUAUGCCGAGCUGGGGGUCACCAUCCCCAAGUCGGGCGGAGACUACUCCUACGUCACCGAGAUCUUCGGGGGAUUGGUGGGGUUCCUGCUGCUGUGGAGUGCUGUGUUGAUUAUGUACCCCACCACUCUGGCUGUGAUCGCACUCACUUUCUCCAACUACGUACUGCAGCCAGCGUUCACCAACUGCCUACCGCCAUAUAUCGCCACCCGCCUGCUCUCCACCACCUGCAUCUUGUUCCUGACGUGGGUGAACUGUUCCAGUGUGCGCUGGGCCACGCGUAUCCAAGACUUCUUCACCGUGGGGAAACUACUGGCCCUCUGCCUCAUCAUCAUAGUGGGCCUGGUGCAGAUCUGCAGAGGCUACUACGAUUCGCUGCGGCCGUCUGUAGCCUUUGAGUUCAUUCGCGAGCCAUCGGUGGGUCAGAUCGCUCUGGCCUUCCUCCAGGCGUCCUUCGCCUUCAGUGGCUGGAACUUCCUCAACUACGUCACCGAGGAGGUGGUGGAGCCACGCAAGAACCUGCCGCGGGCGAUCUACAUCUCCAUCCCCCUGGUGACGCUUGUAUACACGCUGACCAACAUCGCCUACUUCUCCUCCAUGACCCCCGAGGAGCUGCUCGCAUCCAACGCCGUCGCUGUGACCUUUGGGGAGAAGCUGCUGGGUAUGUUCUCCUGGAUCAUGCCCAUCUCAGUUGCACUGUCCACGUUUGGGGGCAUCAAUGGCUACCUGUUCACCUCGUCAAGGCUGUGCUUCUCCGGAGCUAGAGAGGGUCACCUGCCCUACCUGCUGGCCAUGAUCCAUGUGAAGAACUGCACCCCUAUUCCUGCCCUGCUCGUCUGUUGCAGUGCUACCAUCCUGAUCCUGUGUAUCGGUGAGACUCAUGACCUCAUCAACUACGUGUCCUUCAUUAACUACCUCUCUUAUGGGGUCACCAUCGCUGGCCUGCUCGUGUACCGCUGGAAGAAGCCCAACCUCGUCCGGCCCAUUAAGGUGAACCUGCUGGUCCCUCUGAGUUACCUGCUGUUCUGGGCGGUGCUGCUGGUCUUCAGCCUGUACUCGGAGCCUGUGGUCUGUGGUAUGGGGCUGGUCAUCAUGCUGACCGGGGUGCCCAUCUACUUCUUCGGUGUCUACUGGGAGAACAAGCCCCAGUGGAUGAACUCCAUAGUGGAGGUGCUGACGUACGUUGGACAGAAGCUGUGCUACGUGGUGUUCCCUCAGGAAGACCCCUUGGACACGAGCGCCCAGAUAGAGCUGGAGGAAAAAUCUGAGCUGUGAUUGGCCAGCUGAGCCCCCCACACUCCCUUUGACCCCUCCAGGGAUAUUCACCUACAUGAGACUCCUUCAGUCGUCCUCCUCCCUCUCCCAUGUCAAGCAGCCCUUGCCCUCACACACACACACACACACACACACACACACACACACACACAAACUGAACUCUACCCUUCCUGAAGAAUAGUUCCACUGCCCUCUACCCUUCCUGAAGGACAGUUCCACUGCUCUCUACCCUUCCUGUUUCAAUCACCUGGUCCUGAUUGUUCUGUCCCGUAGCGCUGGGUGGGGCGUGUGUGCGGUGCGGCGCGCGUGUCCGGUCACGGUCCAGGUUGUGUGUUUAUUGUGCCUUGUGAAGACUAAGUUUUCUUUUCGUCUCUUCUGUAGGAGUGAGUGCGAUUCUGCUCAUCCCUGACAGACGCGGAUGCUAGCUGUUGGAUUAUAGUUUAAUCUGCCGUGUAGUCCCAAUCUAGUUUGGCUUCUAGUCCGCAGGAUGUGGAGGUUGUGCCUAGCAUGUCUCAGACGACGGCCCAGGCUGUUUCAGAAGCAGCGUGGACGUCCAUUAACCCUUUGUACUCAUCUUCCCUUCUGAGCAAUAUCUGAAGCACAAGUGACCCGGUGCAGACCUGCUGCCCAGUCCCCGACGCCCUGGCGUCCACCUUCUCCUCAGAGUUUAACUCUAACGCCCGGCGUCCACCUUCUCCUCAGAGUUUAACUCUAACGUCGAUGCUAACCAUGACUAGCACACUGUGCAGUGCGGCCGAGCUGCCCCGGCUGCCCCGCUGCGUUCCGUUAUAAUGACCCGUAUGCUGCUCUGCUGGUUCUACCCUCCUGCUGCCCAUACAAGAGGGCAUCUGCACACAGGGGACAACAUGUGCCAGAGGGGAGGGGCAACAGUGUGGCAGUGGGAAGGGGGGGGGGGCAGUCCUGCCAUAACCCUCAGCAGCUGGAGGGGCAGUUCUGCAAUAACGCUCUUCAGCUGGUGCUGCCAGUCUGAGGUUUAAAGCCCCCCACACACACACAAACAUACACUGCCCCUGAGGCUAUUCACUCACACACUUCCUGUUACGCCAAUAUGCAGAGAUUAUUGGCUAAGGGAGAUUAUGACUAAUUAAACUUAAAAUGUGAUUGGUUGAAUGAGAUGCCAGUCUUCCUAAGGGCCAGCUCCAGGUCCAUUUUACACUGCCCAGUUCCAUUUACCGUACAAGGACAGUGUGGGCCUGCCAAACCACACACACACACACACAGGCACACGUACUUGUGGGUUUGCCCGUGCCAGUCUUCCCUCCUGUGCCUCUCUGUGUGUCCCGUAGGGGGUGCCCCUGCGCUGGAAUCAGCCUUGUAAAUACAGUGUACAGAAAAGCAUCAAGGUGAUGCCAUUCCUGACGUAAGUGUCAAACGUGUGAAUUAUACUGAGGAACGUUGAUGGUCUCGUUAUUUUGAUUUGUAAAAGUGUUAUUAGCAUAUUAAUGAAUAGCUUAUUAAAUAAUUCCGAGAGAAACAAA